UUGUUAUGCAGACAUAUUCUGAUGAUGAUGGAUUAACUUUUUCUCAGCCACAAAUUAUUCUCAACGUUACUAAACACCAUUGGAAAUGGGUUGGUUUAGGACCACCUGGUGGUUUACUAUUACAAUCAAAUCGAAUAUUACUUCCUGCGUAUUAUUCAAUACAUCCGGAUGACAAUGGUUUAUUAUCUACUGGUUAUGUUAUGUUGAAUGAUUUUAAUGGUCAAAUUGAUAAAUGGUAUUUAGGCGGAGAAUAUAAUUUUGGUACUCAUUUUCCAAAUGAAUGUCAAGCUGUCGAAUUACUACCUAAUGCAAAUUCAAUAUUUAUAAAUUCUCGUUCAUUAGGAACGAAAAGAAUUGGUGCGUAUAGUAAUGAUGGUGGAAUAACAUUUAAUAAAAUAAAAGUAUUAGAUAUACUUGUACAACCAUUAACUGGAUGUGAAGGUUCCACAAUUUAUCAUAAAAAUACGGACCAGUUAUUUUAUACAGGUUUAGCUGAAACAUCUUAUAUUCGUAGUAAUUUGUCACUAUAUAGAAGUAAUGAUAAUGGUGAACAUUGGACAUACAUAAAGACGAUAUUUCAAGGUUCGUCAUCUUAUUCAUCAUUGACAAUAUUAAAUGAUCAAUCAGUUGGUUUAUUAUAUGAAUGGGCAAAUAAAACUGAUCCUACUUUUCUACCGGAUUAUAUAACAUUUACUAUAGUAUAUAAUCAAACCAAAAUGAAAGAUUUUCGAUAA